UCUCUACUGUGCUCUACUGAUGCAAUAUAAAUAAAACGAAAAAAGGAUGCAUUCAGACGCAAGACUGCUGAAUCCGUUUGAAAUCAUAGUAGGGACGUAUGAGCAAUAUUUACUGGGCUACAAAGUGCACAACGUCAUAAAUGAGUAUAAAAUAGAGAAAAGCUUUGCGACUCACAGCCAUGUCGCAAGCAUACGUGCUGUCGCCAGUAGUAAAUAUUAUCUAGCUUCAGCUGGUGCUGAUGAAGCGGUAUGUCUGUACGAUAUGCGUUAUAGGCGAGAGUCUGGCAAAUUAAUACAUCAUAAAGAUACUAUCAACUGUAUUGCAUUUACUCCAGAAGGCUCGCAUCUAUUCACUUGUAGUGAUGACGGUAGUAUAACUGCUAUUCAUUGUGGCAAUUGGCAGCUGGAGAGAGUCUGGCCAACUGCGCACAAGGGUUCAGCUGUCAAUACUCUGGCUAUUCAUCCAACAGGAAAGCUAGCGCUGUCUACUGGAAAAGAUGGUGUGCUUAGGACAUGGAAUCUGAUUAAGGGCAGACCAGCUUAUGCCACUAACUUGGUACCGAAGCUGAAGUCUAGCGCUAAAUGGAUAACUAUUAUUAAAUGGAGUCCGAACGGUGAAAAAUAUCUGAUAGCUGUCAAUGCAAGUAUCUACAUUUAUUCUGUAGAAUUGGCCGGAAUAGAUAAGGAAUUCACAUUUGAUUCAAAAGUUAUUUGCGUUGAGUUCUUGAAUGAUGAUUUAAUCGCGGUUGGUUUUGAGAACGGAGAUAUAAAAUUUUGUGAUCUUAGAACCUCUCUGCAUACAAUGAAUACAAAAGCACAUGGCGUGAGAGUGAAAUGUAUCGCACAUAUGAAUGAUCUGUUGGUUAGCGCUUCUAGUUCCGGAGAGAUCAAACUUUGGAGAUAUAACAAACAUAGUUUGAACAUGUUACAAACUGUUAAUUGUGGUGCCAGAAUCACUUGCCUUUCUGUAGCACAAGCAUGCAAGGAUUUAGUACAAAAGGAAGAAGAUAAAUCGGUCGAAGAAAAAGAAGUAAAAACGGAGAGGUUUAGGUUGAAGCAGGAAGUUAUUAUUGAGAAUGAAGAGGAUUUGGAAGUCGCAAAUAUUAGAAAUCCUAAAGAAAAGAAACAUAAGAAGAAGAGAACUGUGGAAGAUGCUGAAGACAAUGUUCAGCAUUCAAAGAAGAAAAUUUUAAAAGUAAAAGAGGCUGUUGUUUCAAAGAAGAGGGACAGGUCGUCACAGAUGGAAGAUGUCGGUAAACCUAAGAAGAAGAAACUUUUAAAAACGAAAGAAAUAAAUCCUUCUAAUAAAAAACGGAAAGAGAAUUCUGCAUCGCAAAUUACUUCGCCGGUGAAGAAGAUUAAAAAGUCGAAUAAAAUUGAAGAACCACCUUUUCCUCGCAAAAAACACAAAGUAAAAUUAUCAAUGACUGAUGAAGAUGCUCCACCUAGAAAGCUAAAGAAGAAAGCAAAUGCGGGAAAAAGAGUCGUACUAAAAAAAAAGAAGAAAAUAAUAGGAUAAAUUAGGAUUCAAUUGU